GCUUAAGCUCCCGCUAAAUACACUCCCUCCUCGCCGUCCGUCCGCACAUUCCAUCCAUCCUCUUCUUCUUCUUCUCCGAUCCGCCAUUGCCUCGGCGCCCGAGCUCGCUCGCGCGCCGGCAGGAGCUUGCCGCCUUUCCGGUCGCUUUGGUGCUGUUUCCCGCCACUGUUGCGCUUGCCGGUCUCGUGGUGCCACCUUUAAUUUGCUUACAGCUGCAAAGAGCGCCAAUUCCGGGGGCGGCGGCGGUCACCAUGCUGGGGGUGAGGAAGGGCGCGGCGACUGUGGAGCUCGGGUCGCUGACGAUGAGGAGGAAGGGCGCCCCGCCUCCGGCUCCCCCGGUGGUGCCGGUGGAGGAGGGGAAGAAGGCGCCGGCGGUGGGGGCGGGGAAGGUGUCGGCGGAGGAGGUGUGGGAGGUGCGGCCGGGCGGCAUGCUGGUGCAGAAGCGGGGCCCCGAGGAGGACGAGCCGGCGCCGGAGAGCGUGAAGCCGGUGCCCACCAUCCGGGUCAAGGCCAAGCUCGCCGGCAAGACCCACGAGAUCUACGUCAGCGCGGAGGCCACGUUCGGCGACCUGCGGAGGCGGGUGGCGGAGCGCGCCGGCGCGCACCCGGAGGACCUGCGGACGCUGUACAAGGGCAAGGAGCAGGACCCCAAGGCGUUCCUCGACAUGGCCGGCGUGAGGGACCGCUCCAAGGUCGCCGUGGUGGACGACCCCGAGGCCCGCGCGCGGCGGCUGCUCGAGGAGCUCCGCCUGGGCAGCCUCCGCAAGGCCGCCGGCGCCGUCGCCGCCGUCGCCGCCGAGGUCGACAAGAUCGCGCCCAAGGUGUCGGCGCUGGAGGCGUCGGUGCGGAAGGGGGAGAAGGUGGCGGAGAAGGACGUGGCGACGGUGACGGAGCUGCUGAUGAACGAGCUGCUGAAGCUGGACGCGGUGGUCGCCGGCGGCGACGUGAAGGCCCAGAGGCGCGUGCAGGUGAAGCGGGUCCAGAAGUACGUGGAGACGCUCGACGCGGUCAUGGCCAAGAACGCCACCAUCGCAAGCAAGCCCGCCAACGCGAAGAAGCCGCAGCAGGCGCCACAGCCGCCGGCGCCGGCGAGGCAGCCGCAGCCGCAGUCGCAGCGCCAACGCCAGCAGCAGCAGCCGGCGGCGCAGACGACGCGGUGGGAGAUGUUCGACCUGCUGUCGUCGCUCCCGACCACGUCGUCUUCCUCCUCCACCACCACGGACAGCUCCACCGCGUCCUCCGCCGGCGCGCCCCCUCCCCCCACCAACCGGCUCGACUGGAUGCUCUAGCCCGGAUCACCACCACCACCGCAAUCCGAAGCAAAUGCAGCAGAGGCUCUCGCGCGCCAAGAAUCGCUCGGCGAGACGAUGAUUGAAUCGGAUCAUCAUCCAUGUCCUGAUUAGCUCAUCAUCAUGGCACUCCAUACCGCCGCAAGUCCUAGUUCAUCACCAUGUCAGAGAGAGGUGUCCAAAGUUUUUUCCCCUUUUCGUCUUCUUCUUCGUCAUCAAAAUGUCUGAUACUGCUACAAAUUCUUUCGUGUGCAUACUCUGGGAACCAAACAGUCGGUCAAAAGCUAGGGGAUGUAAAAUGUAAUGUGUUCAGUUGAAUUGAGUUGAGAUUGGGAAAUAAGUCAAAGCUUAGAGUUGCGUCCA